AUGACGGAAUUGCAAGUAAAAAGCCUGGUGGGCCUUGCUCGCAGCAUGUCCCACGCCUCAGCCCAAAGCAGUCUAUGCGCCCAGCACUCUGGCGGUGACAUCAACCCCUUCAUCGACUCUGAAUCCGACCCCGAAUUGAACCCCCACAAUGAAAAUUUUAAUUUGCGUAAAUGGAUGAAAUCCAUCCUCCGCAUUACUUCAAGGGACCCCGAGCGUUAUCCCCGUCGCACUGCCGGCGUUUCAUUCCGCAACCUGAACGUGCAUGGCUAUGGCACUGCUGCCGACUACCAAGCCGAUGUUGCAAAUGUUUGGCUGAAGGCGUAUGGAAUUGUAAAGCGCUUGGUAGGUUUUGAUGAAAAGGUCCGCAUCGACAUUUUGCGCAAUUUCGAAGGUUUAGUGAAGAGUGGAGAGAUGCUGGUCGUGUUGGGCCGUCCAGGGAGUGGGUGUUCAACCUUUCUUAAGACUCUAGCGGGUGAGACACAUGGGUUAUACCUGGGAGAGGGCACUUCAAUUGAGUAUCAAGGUAUCUCUUGGGACCAGAUGCAUAAUAACUUCCGUGGUGAAGCUAUCUACCAGGCAGAAACAGAAUCACAUUUUGCACACUUAACGGCUGGUGAUACCCUCUAUUUUGCUGCAAAAGCUCCUGCUCCAGCUAAUCGGUUCCCUGGUGUCAGUCGCAACCAAUAUGCGCUGCAUAUGCGAGAUGUUGUCAUGGCCAUGCUUAACCUCUCUCACACGGUAAACACCAAGGUCGGAAACGAAUACAUCCCUGGUGUGUCUGGUGGCGAAAGGAAGCGCAUUAGUAUCGCGGAAACCACUCUUAGUGGGAGUCCACUUCAAUGCUGGGACAACAGCACUCGGGGCCUUGAUAGUGCUACCGCUCGCACAGUUAUAGAGUCGCUACACCUAUCUACCAGAUAUUCCGGCACAACUGCAAUUGUAGCUAUAUAUCAAGCGAGCCAAGCUAUCUAUGAUAUAUUUGAUAAGGCAAUGGUGUUGUAUGAGGGGAGGCAGAUCUAUUUUGGGAAGACAACUCACGCUAGGAAAUAUUUUAUUGACAUGGGGUUUUAUUGCCCGGAGCGGCAGACAACGGGGGAUUUCCUCACAUCCAUGACCAACCCAGAGGAGCGAUUGGUACGUGAGGGAUUUGAGGCGGUUGUUCCGCGUACACCCGACGAGUUCGCAGCAAGAUGGCAGCAGAGCCCCGACCGCAAAGCGCUCCUCACGGAGAUAGAAGCGUACCAGAAGGAAUAUCCCUUGAAUGCACAGCCUCUUGAUCAGUUCAAUUCAUCUCUCAGUGCUCAGAAAUCAAAAUUUAACCGAGGCAAAUCCCCUUAUACUAUAUCCUACUGGAUUCAAAUAAGGCUUUGCAUAUGGAGAGGAGUUCAGCGGCUGAAGGGAGAUUUAUCCAUCACCUUGACAUCUAUCAUCGGCAAUAUUAUCAUGGCUUUAGUUGUGGCCUCUAUGUUCUAUAAUUUACCUAAUGACACCAGCAGUUUUUUCAGUCGUGGGGCGCUAAUCUUCUUCGCUAUCAUCCUGAAUGCGUUGGCAACCACUCUUGAGGUUAUGACUCUGUGGCAGCAACGACCAGUUGUGGAAAAGCAUCAUAAGUACGCGCUAUAUCGCCCAUCUGCUGAAGCGAUAAGCUCCAUCAUCAUUGACCUCCCAACAAAACUAUGCGUCGCCAUCGCAUUCAACACGGUUUUGUACUUCAUCGCUAACCUACGCCGCACCCCUGGUCACUAUUUUGUGUUCCUUUUGUUUUCAUUCUCUAUUACUUUGACCAUGUCGAACAUCUUCCGUUUCAUUGCUUCGAUCUCGAGGACAUUUGCCCAGGCCUCUCCUCCAACGAUAGUAAUUGUUCUUGGAAUGGUUAUCUAUACAGGAUUCACUGUUCCUUUGCGAGACAUGGUUGUCUGGUUCCGCUGGAUAAACUAUAUUAACCCGAUUGGCUAUGCUUUCGAGUCGCUGAUGAUUAAUGAAUUCCACGACCGUUCAUUUCCAUGCACAACCUUUAUUCCCGCGGGACCUGGCUAUGGGGAUUUCGACAAUCAAUUCAAAAUUUGUGAGGGUUCGGGUGCUGUCGCAGGGGAUACCUUCAUCGACGGUGACAAGUUGCUGAAUACCUCAUAUGGUCGCAUCAGAAUUGGACUGGUUCAAAAGAUCGGGAGCAAGAGCAUGGAUGAUCCUGAGACAGGCAAGCAGGCCCACGAGAAACAAAGGAUUGAGCAAAAUCGAAGCGAAGAGGUUGCUUCAAUUGCCAAGCAAAUGUCUAUCUUCCAUUGGGAGAAUCUAAUCGUGUCACAAUGGGUGUUGUCACAGCGGAAAACUGGAUAUGUGCAACAGGAUGAUUACCUACACACAGAAACCAGCACUGUCCGCGAAUCUUUGGUCUUCAGCGCUCUCCUUCGCCAACCAUCUACCACUCCACGUGCCGAGAAAAUUGCCUACGUCGAAGAAGUCAUCAAGCUUUUAGGCAUGCAAGAAUACGCCGAUGCGGUUGUUGGAGUCCUUGGAGUGGGCUUGAACAUAGAGCAACGAAAACGCUUCAGCAUCGGGGUCGAAAUCGCGGCCAAACCCGACCUGUUACUCUUUUUUGACGAGCCUACGUCUGGCCUUGAUAGUCCGACAGCCUGGUCCAUCUGCAACUUGAUGCGAAAGCUUGCUGACCAUGGACAAGCCAUCCUGUGCACGAUUCACCAACCGUCAGCUUUUUUAAUGCAGACAUUUGACCAAUUGCUCUUUUUGGCCGCCGGAGGGAAAACUGUUUAUUUUGGAGACCUCGGGGAGAAUAUGAGCACAUUGGUUGAAUAUUUCGAGAAAAAGGGAGCCUCCAAAUGUCCCCCUGAAGCAAACCCGGCCGAAUGGAUGCUGGAGGUCAUUGGUGCUGCUCCUGGCUCCCAUACCGAUAAAGACUGGGCAGAAAUCUGGAAAUCUAGCCCGGAGCGGGUUGAAGUGCGCCGUUCGUUAGCUGCUAUGAAGCAGGAAUUGUCCCAGAAAAAAAGAGAGUCUCAAGAAGAGAUAUACUCAGAAUUUGCAAUGCCGCUGUGGUAUCAAUAUCUGAUUUGCCAACAACGGAUGCUUCAACACUACUGGCGCAAUCCAGUGUACAUUUACUCCAAAGCGUUUGUUGCUAUUCUUGCGCCCCUAUUUAUUGGCUUUACCUUCUACAAUGCCGAGAAAAGUCUCCGGGGAUUACAGAAUCAACUGUUCGGGAUUUUUAUGCUUCUGCUUAUGUUCCCUACGUUGACGCAACAAAGUAUGCCGUUUUACAUUGCAAUGAGAUCGUUAUACGAGGUGCGCGAGCGCCCAUCAAAAACAUACUCGUGGAAGGCUUUCAUACUUUCAGCUGUCGUGGUAGAGCUUCCUUGGAACACCCUCAUGGCUGUCCCUGCUUUUUUCGCCUGGUACUAUCCGAUUGGGUUUCAGCGGAAUGCCGGGGAUGAUGUGGCAGGACGUAGCGGUACCAUGUUCCUCCUCAUAUGGAUCUUCCUCGUUUAUGGCUCUACAUUUGGUUCUAUGGUAGUUUCAGGAAUGGACCUAGCCGAAACAGCUGGCAAUAUUAGCCAAUUGUUAUUCUCGAUGGCUCUCAUCUUCUGCGGUGUCCUUGCUACCCCGGAUGCCAUGCCAGGUUUCUGGAUCUUCAUGUACCGCCUCUCCCCAUUCAACUACUUUGUUUCCUCUGUCCUUUCCACGGGGAUCGCUGUCAUGACAACUGACGAUUACCUCAAGCAGGUCAACAUAUAUUUUGCAGACCGCUGGUUCAACAUUGGCAUUUUGUUCGCAUUCAUUGCUGUGAAUAUUGUGGGUGCAGUGUUUUUCUAUUGGCUUGUUAGGGUACCAAAGAUGGGAUGGAAGGCCAAAAAGUCAUAA